UGAAGACGUGAGUUAAGUUGACUGCAUCCCCUUCUCCCUGCGGUUUCUUUCUUUGUUGAAUCCACGAAAUUCUCUUCAUCUUCUAAUCAUUUUCUAUUCAACAAUUAAUUCUCUUUCAUAUCGUAAAUGUCUUCUUCCAGUUCCAGUUACAGUUUCUCACGUUUUGAUGAUGUUGAUACAAGAAAUAGAAGAACACAAACCGACACAAGGAUCCAUGAAGUCUUCCUAAGCUUCAGAGGGGAAGACACUCGUGCUUCUUUCACUUCACAUCUCUACGCUUUGCUUCAAAAUGAAGGAAUUCGCGUUUUUAGAGACGAUGAUUCACUUCGAAGGGGAGAUCAAAUUUCAACUUCACUACGCCGAGCAAUCCAAGAGUCUCAAAUUUCUGUUAUAGUUUUUUCAACAAACUACGCCGAAUCGUUUUGGUGUAUGGAAGAGUUGGUGUUAAUUAUGCAGUGUUACAGAACCGUGAAGCAAAUUGUUCUGCCAGUGUUCUAUGAUGUAGAUCCAUCUGAAGUACGUCAUCAAACUGGUAAGUUCGGAAAGGGCCUUCAAAAACUUUUGAAAAAGUUUUCAAACGAGGGGUUCGAUUCGGGAUUGAUGUUAGAAGAUUGUGGAAACCCGCUUAACGAUCGUCACACCAGAAGCUGGAGUACAGAGCUUCGUGAGGCUGCUUCCCUUGCUGGAUUCGUAGUCCCAAAUUCCGGGAAUGAAAGUGAGGCUAUCAAGAAUAUUGUUGAACAUGUUACACGAUUGCUAGAUAAGACACACUUGUUUAUUGCUAAUAAUCCAGUGGGAGUUGAAUCUCGAGUGCAAGAUAUGAUUCAACUGAUAUACCGAGACCAGGAUAUCAAACAAUCAAAUGAUGUUCUCCUAAUAGGGAUGUGGGGUAUGGGAGGAGUUGGUAAAACAACCAUUGCAAAAGCCAUUUACAAUGAAAUUGGCCACAAUUUUGAAGGUAGAAGCUUCCUUGCAAAUAUUAGGGAAGUUUGGGAGCAUAAUGUUGGACAAGUGGGUUUACAAGAACAACUUCUUUUUGAUAUUUGCAAAAAUAUGACAACUAAAAUACAAAGCACUGAAUAUGGAAAAAUCAUUAUAAAGAAUAGACUCUGCCAUAAAAGAGUAUUGAUUGUACUUGAUGAUGUGAAUACAUUGGCCCAACUUAAUGCUUUAUGUGGAAGUCGCAAUUGGUUUGGAUCGGGUAGUAGAAUAAUCAUCACAACAAGAGAUAGACAUAUACUUCGGGGAAAUAGAGUUGACCAAAUAUACAAAAUGAAGCACAUGGAUGAAAGUGAAUCAAUUGAGCUAUUUAGUUGGAAUGCAUUCAAGCAGGCAAGUCCUGCAGAAGAUUUUGUUGGAAUUUCUAGAAAUGUAGUGGAGUAUUCUGGGGGACUGCCGUUGGCUUUGGAAGUCCUUGGGUCGUAUUUGUUUGACAGGGAAUUAAGAGAGUGGCUUUGUGUGUUGGAGAAACUCAAAAGAAUUCCUAACGACCAAGUACAAAAGAAGCUAAAAAUAAGCUAUGACGGCUUAAAUGAUGACACCGAGAAAGAAAUGUUCCUUGACAUAGCUUGUUUCUUUAUUGGAAUGGACCGAAAUGAUGUUACUCUUACAUUAAAUGGCUGUGGACUUUUUGCAGAAAUUGGAAUCAGUAUCCUUGUUGAGCGAAGCCUUGUAAUUGUUGAUCAUAAAAAUAGACUUAGAAUGCAUGAUUUAGUGCGAGAUAUGGGCAGAGAAAUCAUUCGUGAGAAAUCACCUGAGGAACCUGAGUUGCGUUGCAGGUUGUGGUUUCAAGAGGAUGUGAUUGAUGUACUAUCAAAUCAAUCUGGAACAAAGUCUAUUAAAGGGUUGGCUUUGACGUUGCCAAGAGCUAAGGCAAAAUGUUUUAGAACUAAAGCAUUUAAGAAGAUGACGAGACUAAGAUUGCUUCAACUUUGUGGGGUAAAACUUGAUGGAGAUUUCGAAUACCUUUCAAAAAAUCUGAGAUGGCUGUCUUGGAAUGGAUUUCCUUUAAAACAUAUUCCUAAAAACGUUUGUCGAGAAAAUUUGGUUUCCAUCGAGUUAGAGAACAGCAAUGUCCAACUUGUGUGGAAAGAUAUUCAGAUGAUGGGAAAUUUGAAAAUUCUCAAUCUCAGUCAUUCUCAUUGUCUGACACACACCCCAAACUUUUCAUACAUGCCUAAUCUUGAAAAGCUAGUACUGAAAAAUUGUUCGAGGCUGUCUGAGGUUUCUCCUAGCAUUGAACAUCUCAAUAAAAUUCUUCUGAUAAAUUUAGAAAACUGCAUUAGCCUAUGUAGCCUCCCAAGAAGCAUCUAUAGGUUGAAAUCUUUAAAAACUCUCGUUCUUUCGGGUUGUUUAAAGAUUGACAAGUUGGAAGAGGAUUUGGUACAGUUGGAAUCUUUAACUACUCUGCUUGCAGAUAACACUGCAAUAACAAGAGUUCCUUUUUCAGUAGUACGGUCAAAAAGCAUUGGAUAUGUUUCUCUGUGCGGCUACGAAGGAUUUUCACGUGAUGUGUUUCCAUCCAUCAUUUGGUCUUGGAUGUCACCAUCAAAUAAUCUUCCAUCCCAAUUUCAAACAUCUUCUCUCAUGUCAUCUCUUGUUGCUUUAGAUGUACCAAGUAGUAGUUCCCAUGAACUAUCAGUUUUUUCUAACUACCUUCCGAGGCUUCGAAGUCUUUGGGUGGAUUGCAAAUCUGAAGCUCAACUUUCUCUAAAUGCAAAAAUAAUUGUGGAUACUUUAAAUGCCACCCUUUCUAAGGAAUUGGAAUCAAGUGCAACUACAUCACAAAUAUCAAAUAUUUCCACAUCUACAUUAAUUCAAUGCAGCAGUCAAGUGAAUGUUUCAAGAUCAAACCAUUCCUUUAAGUCUCUUUUAAUUCAAAUGGGAAUGAAUUGCCAAGUCACUAAUAUUCUGAAAGAGAUGAUUUUACAGAGAUAUGGAUGACGAGGUGGGCUUUAACUAUGGACCUAAGCCAAAAGUCUGGAGGGUUUAUACUAGAAGAAGUGGUAAAGGAAUAAAAGAAUAGAAUAAUUAUAGGAUUCUGUUACUAUAAUUAUGGGAGUUUUGUUAUUAUAGGAGUUUGUUAUUAUUUAUAGGAGUCUGUUCCUAUAAAAUAGGAAUAAGCUUAGGGCUAUAAAAGAGGGUAGAAAUAAGGGAUUUAGGAUUCUACUUAGGUUUUGAAAAUCACCGUCUUGGUGAGGGGAGCACGGCGUGCUUAGGGGCUGAUAGAUAUUCUCUAUCAGUUUGUUAUGUUCAUCACUGCUAGUUUUCUAUAAGUGACAUUCUUUUAAUUCUUCUAUUCAUAUUUUCAUUGUUCAUUCCCAUAUUCAAAUAAGAAUCCAUCAACUACCUUAAAAGUCGUACAAUUGAUGAGUUGUGAUUUGAUGACAGUUUAAAAUGUAUGUUUUACACUGGCAGUGCAUUUAUAACAAAGUUUUCUUACCCAUUAAAAGAAAAUGAGUAUGCAUCAUCUAUGUUAGUUAUGUAUUUGAUUUACAAGUAACCCAUGAAUAUGAGUUUUUCUUUUGGUGGCACGUAGAGUUGUGACAUCAAUUGCAUGAUCUUUGUUUCUAUGAAAAUAAACUGUUACAAACUUACAAUUUUCAAAAUUUUAGAGAGUGAUGGUCUGUUUUAUGAUUCCAAGCAACUGUUUGUGUAACUUCGAAAAACUUAACAUCUAAAAUAUUGAAAUACCUCGCGAUGAAAAUUAUAUCUUAAUUGUUGAAUAAAUUGAUA